AUGGAGCCAUCUGCAAUUAGCGAAGAUUCGACCAAAAAUGGACUCGGCAAUCAGACAGUUAAAGUCAUGUCGAACACUUCAGAUCAAAAAAAUGUCAAUAAGAGAGAGAAGAUCCAAUUUGACUUUGACGUUGAGUCGGAGCAAUUCUUGAAAUGUUUCAAUGACAAGAGAUCUUCUGAUUCUGCUGACGACGAUGAUGAUGAGCUCAGAAGGCUGAAAGAUAUGUUCAAUAGGCCAUAUUUGUUGGGUUACAGCUUUCUUCCUGUUCCCAAUUUGCAAACAUUGUCGUGGCCAAUUCCGAAAUCAGCGAAAACUGCAAAGGGUGCCGAUAAGUCGUCGGCUUCGUCGGAUUUCAUAGAUAAUAUGAUAAACCCAAAAAUCAGCGAAUCGUCUUCAUCUCAGCUAGAUUUUCCGUCGCAUUUGAGCUUAAAAUGGCCAAAAUUGUCGUUGGGGUGUCCUGUGGCACACAAAAGAAAGAACAUCAAUUUUGUUACUUCACCGUCUUCGCUUCAACAAGAUUCGGAUCCUUCUGGUAUGACUGAGGAGCUCGCCAGAUUGAAAGCUCUAUUCAAAAGACCUUAUUUCGUGGAUUCCGACGUGAUUGACGAUUUACGUGCGCAAUCAUCUGGAUCUGAUGAAGAUGUUUCUGGAAUUGAGCACCGUUCCGAAGACACCGCGUAA